AUGUUUACAUGGAUGCUUUUAAGGAUGAUGUUAUUGCUCUGGAUGACAAGCGUAACACUUCAGGGCGGCACAGGGUACAAACCUCAAAAUCCAAAUGGUGGUGCGGCACAAAUGUCUCCAAGAGGUGCAUACGGGAAUGCACAAAAUAAGCCUGGAUAUGGAGGUCAUCCCCCAUAUGGUGGAACAGGCAUGGGAAUGAUGAAUCAACAUGCAUUGAAGCAGAGGGGAGGCUAUGGAAAUGGAAACGGCUACAGAGCUCCAUCUUUUGGGGGCUACAGCAAUUUGAUGGGUGCUCAUCCCCAAAAAGGAUAUGGCAUCUCUGCAGGAUACACCAAUGGUGGGGCGACCAAGGCACAACAAGGCUAUGGAGGAUAUGCUAAUGGAGCUAAGCAACCUAAUACAGGCUCUUCUAUUCAAAAUAUGGGGUAUCCCAAUAGUGGAACCAAGGGACCUAAACCAGGAUAUGGUGCUAAAGCUGGACCCUCAACUGGACAAGGAGCGAAGCCUAAUGGAUAUGGAGGAUAUGCUAAUGGAGGUGCAGCUAAGCAACCUAACACAGGUACAAGUAAUUAUAUGGGGUAUCCCAAUGGUGGGCCUAAGGGACCUAAGCCAGGCUCUUCCCUUCAAAAUAUGGGGUAUCCCAAUGGUGGAGUCAAAGGACCUAAGCCAGGAUAUGGUGCUAAAGCUGGACCCUCAAAUGGACAAGAGGCCAAGUCUAAAGGCUCUUCUCUUCAAAAUAUGGGCUAUCCCAAUGGUGGAACCAAGGGCCCUAAACCAGGGUAUGGUGCUAAAGCUGGACCCUCAAAUGGACAAGGAGCAAAGCCUAAUGGCUCUUCGCUUCAAAAUAUGGGGUAUACCAAUGGGGGAACCAAAGGACCUAAACCAGGAUAUGGAGGAUAUGCUAACGGAGGUGCAUCUAGGCAACCUAACACAGGCUCUUUUCAAAAUAUAGGGUAUCCCAAUGGUGGAACCAAGAGACCAAAACCAGGCCCUUUUUUUCAAAAUGUGGGUUAUCCCAAUGGUGGGGCCAAGGGACCUAAACCAGGAUAUGGUGCCAAAGCUGGACACUCAAAUGGCCAAGGAGCCAAGCCUGGUUACGGUGUUCCUGGACACAUGUCAGAAGGACCUUAUAAAGCAGCUAAUUCAGGAUAUAUGCCUGUAACAGCUGGAAACAAGGGUGGAAAAGGACCUAAAGGGGAAAUGUUAAGUCCUGAAGCAUCAAGUCAUCUCCCACUAACAUCUAACACCAAGGGUGUUUUACCACUAGCUGAGCAUGUGCCAAAUACAGGAUUGCUUCCAGAAGAAACUAAAGUCCUUCCACAAGUCCUGCAACAAACAAAAGGACAGAAUCUUAAUGCACCACUUGAACAGGGCAAAGACCCCAACUCUAUGGGUCCUCAGCCAGCUACAAAGCCAUUUAUGCAAGGUCCAGGUUUUUAUAAACCCAAUAAAGCUUAUAAACCAUACACACCUGUAAUUCCACAAAACAAAGUUCCAAAACCAGCUGCGCCAGCAGUCCCUCAAGCAAUUCUUGCAGCUUCUAUUCCUCAGACGAGUUCUCCUCAAAUACCACAGACAGCUGCACUAGAACAGGGACAAGUACUGUCACAGGAACAGAUCGUCACUCCGGUGGUACCACAGCCAGUUACGUCACAAGACAGUAUUUCUUCACCAGUGCCUCUGGUGCCAAAUGUUCCAGAGAUGCAACAAUCCAAGUUUCAGUCAAACCCAGCUUUACAUCAAAUGAAGAAUCCAACAGCCACAAAUCCUGAACUAACUGGACUAGGACAGUCUAAUGGACAGGUGCAGGGAGCUAUACCUUCAAAGCCUGAUUGUGGACCUGGUGGACAACCUAAUGGACAAUGGGUCAAACUUCCAAGUCCUGGGUCAGGGUACCCCAAUGGAAAAGAAAUGUCAUCACAACCAGGCUUUGGAGCAGGAAUUGGUGGUUAUCCAGCUCAUGGCGUUAAAAAUGGCUACAAUGCAGGUCAUGGAGGGUAUGGAAACAAAUUCAAUAAGCAAGCUGGACCACAAGGUGGACAACCAAUAGGAUUUGGAUCUAAGGGAAAAUCUCAAGCUAAAUAUGGAAUUGGUGGACUUCCAUUUGGUUCCCCUAAUGGAUAUCAAACCAACCCCUCUGGACAAUAUGGUAAUGAAGGACAGCACUAUGGAGCCAAACCAUUCAAUCCUCAAGCACUGGGAAAACAUGGAUAUGGUAGUUUACCAUAUAACUCUCAACCUCUUCUACCAGAAUCUGUUGCCAAAUCACCUGACUUUGGAGGGUUACCCUACAAUGGUCAGCCACUUGGAUAUGGUGGUGAAAAGUCAUCUGGAAAAUAUGGACAAAAGGGACUUCAUUAUGGUGGUCAGCCAUUUGAUCUCAGCCCUGAUGCUGUGUCUGGGAAAUACGGUAAUCCAGCAGUGUCAUAUGAGCUCCUCGGCCCUGUGACAGAUGGCCAAUCUGUUGAAGAAAACAGAAGUCUGGAGGCUUUGCACCAAGGUCCUGAGAUUGACGGACAGAAAUCCAUUGACCAAUUUGGAGAUGGAGAAGUUCCACCCCAUCCUGAUACUCCAGGUGCUGGAGAGGCAAAUGCACAAUCCAUAGACAAAUACGGAACUGGUGAUUAUACUGAUGGAAGACUACAACCAGAAGUUGUCUCUUUCCCUGGUGUUCCCACUGUGGGCCCCGCUCCUCACAUCCCUGCUGUCACCUCAUUCGACGGUUCCUCCCUGGCCCCUGUUUCUGUGCCUGAUGUGUCCGCUGUUUCUGAGGUGUCUGCUUCACCCACAUUCCCUCAGCCUGAGCUACCUGCUCUAGAGCAGCAGCCAGCACCACCACAACAGAUCCACAUCCAGCAGCACCUCAAGUUCCACUUUCACCCACAGGGCAACUCCCAGACAGGAAAGGAAGGCAAAUACAAUUUGAAUGGAUUUUUUGGAAAUAAAUACCAAGGAUAA